AUGGCGGAUGACUCGGCCGAACAACCCAUCUUGAAGCGGAAGCGAAUCAGCGUAGCCUGCAACAGCUGCCGCGCGAAAAAGUCCAAGUGCGAUGGGAAGCGGCCGGUAUGCGGUCGCUGCGCUGGCUAUGAUUACCACUGCUCAUGGGGAAACGAGGCGACGCAUCGCGAUGCCAGUUGCACGCCACCAUUAACGUCCUCCGAAGCAAGUAGUGCAGCAAGUCCGCAGGAAGUUUUUGAUCGGUGCGAAAAGGCUAUACGAAGUCUGGCCAUCGAUGUACCUCCUGAGGGCCGGGCCGAAAUCAAUCAAGGUCUGGCUCGAAUACAGGCUGCCCUGUUCCAUGAUUGCUCGCCGGGGGUGACCACGAUUAGCCCAACCAGCAUCACGGCCAGUAGCCCUGCGCUCAUUCAGCGCAUUCAAAGUCCCAGAUAUGUUGGCGAAGUCAGCGACAUUCAUUUCUUCAACUUGGUUAGACAAACGGCCGCACCUCGUGGCGGUGAUGGUGGUUCACAAGACGACACGGGAGAAGUUGACAACUACGACAUCGAUGCACCAACCGCGAUGGAAUAUCUACAGAACCCAAUUUCAGAUAUGCCAGAAAGGUCGCAAGUGCACAGGUUUCUGGGGAUCUACUUCUCCACUAUACACGUUGCGUACCCUUUCGCAGAAGAAGCACCAUUCAUGGAUAAAGUCAAGGACCUACAAGACGGAAGCCCGGCCCCUGAUUUGACCCAUUCCUGGCUUUCUCUCUUAUAUGCAUUGCUUGCUCUUGGGGCCUACUAUGACUCGUUCCGACCAGACAGUCGGCCAGAUGGCUCAUCUCAUCAAACGCUGUUUCAACGCUCCUUACUUUUAUCUCGCCAUGAUAUGCUCGAACGCUCCUUAACGCAAGUCUCGGCUCUAUUAGCUCAGUGCUUUUAUCUACUAGCAACAUCCGAGAUCGACAGAUGUUGGGCUUAUCUCGGUCUCGCUGUCCGCUUAGCGCAGAGCAUCGGCCUACAUGCCGACAUUCAGGACCAUGGUUCGAGCCAACCGAACUCGGAGCGACCUCAGAUUCGAAGCAGGGUCUGGUACUCCUUGUACGUCCUGGACCGGCUGACAGCCCUGCAGCUCGGAAGGCCACCUGCGAUCUCGGACCAUGACUGUCAUGUUCAGAUUCCUUCGCGGAUAGACGGUCUGGAUCCAGAUGUGAACAACAGCGAGGUACCGGAGAGUUCCAAAGAGGGUCGCGCCGGGGAAUAUUUCGUCCGUCUCAUCGAGUUCUCUUCCAUUAUCGGCCGAGUACUAAGGGAAUGCUGGCGCGAUAUCGCAGCCAGGCUACAGAGCACCAAAGACUGUGAUUUGCUGCUUCUGACAUGGAAACAAAAGCUGCCAAGAUAUUUGAGGUUCGACCUUGGCCACGCAUUCGAGAAAUCGAUUACUCUGAAGCGUCAGCGGAACAUGUUGGCCAUCAAAUUCCACCACCUGCGGGCCCUGAUUCACCGACCAUAUUUAUUCCAUACGUCUCCUGAAAAUAAUCUCUUGACUCAAGAUCAAGCAUGUCGAAGUCGAGAGUACGGAAAGAUAUGCGCUACUGAGGCCCAAUCCAUCGCCUCUUUGAUGCAUAAUGUCACUGAUACCAUGGACAUCGUCAUGAACUAUCCCUGGUGGCAGAUGAUAUCAUGUCUCGUCUGCGCGGGAUCCAUCAUGGUCAUGGCAGGUGCUCUGAUCAAGCAAGACGCCGGAGACGAUACCACCGUGGUCGCCUUAGAAGAAGACGUUGAGACGUGUAUGGCUGUUCUGAAGGCUUUAGCCAGCAACUCCCACGGCUCAAACCUUGCGUGGGAUAUGAUGAAGAACAUUCGAGCUCGUUGCACGCGUGCUUCCGAUAAAUCUGCCGCUGAUGACACGAAUUCAUUGGCGCCAAACGCAGCUGUUCAACCCGGCCAAGGGCUGAGUCAGUCUACUUGUUGCAGCGCCUCGGAUACCUAUACCAUGCCUUUGGUGGCACCAGAUAAAACUCAAUCAGGCUUCUCUAUGGAGCCGACCAACGGCUUGGACAUGAACAUGGGGUUUGGAGAUAACAUCAUGUGGCCGAUGAUGAUGACCGACGCGACAUGGCCCGGCUCGUUCUUGGACAUGCUUCAUCCCUCAUACGGGUCUCAAGAAAACAACUAG